AUGACUGAUUUCGCCAUCGGGGUUGUUUCGCAAGGGAUCCAUGUUUGUUCUGUCAUCGCGACCUAUAUCGGCACUCUCAAAGAUCGCGAUGAGGACCUCGCCUCUAUUGACCGACAAGCCCAAGGCUUAGAGUCUGUCUUCCGGACUCUCAGAGAGUCUCUAACACAAGGAUCCUUGGAUCCCUCCACGUUACCAGCCGCCGCUCAAGUUUUAAGCUCCAUGCAAACAUGCGAAGCUGAGCUUAAUAGCCUGAAGCAGCUCGCGGCACGUUUCUCAGAUAGCCUCUCACCUAAUGCACGCCCACAAGACAAAAUCAAGCAACAAGUUAAGAAGUUGAAAUACCCCAUUCAAAAGCCAGAUUUUUGCCGAAUUCAAAAAUCACUUGGGGCGGUUAAAGAAACACUUGAUCUGGCUCUUCAAAAUCUUGAACUCAGUUACAGCUGUUUGGCAACAAGCAAGUUGGGCAAACUUGAAGCCGCAUCCCAACAGGCAUCAAGCAGCCUUGCCGCACUUGACUCCGAUAUCUCCACAUUACACACAAAAUUAGACGAUUUACUUGAUCGACUUCAACAGAAUAACACCGCCGGGGCAGCCGCACUUGACGAGGCAGAUCCCAGGGUAGCCAUUUACAAGCUCGCCUACAAGCCAAGUAACUUAGCGGCGCUGUGUGCCGGCCUGGAGAAGUAUUCUGAAAACGCAAUAUCUACCAACAAUGUCCUCCAAACGGCUCCUAUAGCCGAAGCGAGCUCAUGUACCUGUCGGCGUCGCAUAGUUCGCAGGACUAAGCGAAUUUCUUGGCUGCCAUGGGACUUUUGGGAUGAUGAAAUACUUCGUUUCGAACAUUACAAAGGCUGCAAGAAUUUCAGAAGCAAUGGCGAUGAACGGAGCCGAACCCGACGCUUAAGGGUUACGAGCUUGAUAAAAAAUGCCGUUAUAAUCACAUUAUACACAAGUACUGGUGCAGGUGGUCAAAGUCUCGGCGCGAAUUUCGAAUAUCGUGCAACCGUUGAUCGGAUGGUGUCCCCGGCCUUCCGUGUCAUAUCCGUUUUAGAGGAAUGUGUUGGUAUGAUCCGCUACAUGCAGAAGGCCCAGCGAGCAAAAGAUCAGGCUCAGUGGGAAAAUUUGGCUCUUUCAGCAAGCCAGAAACUUGAAUGUCUCUUCAGACUGGGCAAAGCGAGCGCGAAGGAUGUCGACUCAUGCAAUCAAUCUCUGCUCCAUGCGGUAGCUGAGGUGUCAUCCGAUAUGAUCUAUAUAAUGCUUGGGAACAAUGAAAUUGGUGAAGCCUACUGCUUACCCAUUGCACAUUUGGCUACAUUUCUUGUAAAGAGACAGGUAUCGGCAUCAUUGCUGGACUUGCAGGGACGACAAGCAUUGAACAUUGCGAUCCCCAGACCUUCAUCAGGACCUCUUGUCGAAGCAUUUUACCCAUAUGAUGCGGAUAUCCAUGGUUCAUAUCGAUCCCAUUUCAUCCAUGAUUUGCGGCCUCAGGAACUUGCUCAAACUUUUAACUACUAUGCUACAAUGCUAAGAGUAGUCGAUGUAAUUGCCUAUGCCUCGAAACAUUGCAAAAUCCAACUAGCCAAAUCGCUAUUACAACGUCGGCAAAAGUUGAAGUUAAUCGCGCAACAGUCCCUUUCGCCCAUAGAAACCGACAGCUUCAGCUUGCACAGGCCGGUUGUACUUGAUAUAUACGCUAUGCAAAUUGAUUACAUUCUUCGGGAGAGAGGGUAUAUUGGAUUUGGACCUUUGGCUACAUAUGUGGAAGAUGACACAGUCAAAAACUCUCCCAACCAACACAACAGAUCUAUCUAUCACGAACUAUCCACUGCCGAAGAUGCGAAUAUCUAUUUUAAUUUAGGGUUCUAUGAUAUUACAAAUUUUCAAGUCCUGAUCAAGAGAUGGAAGCCGACUAUGGAUUGGUCGGAUCACAGUAUAAGUUUACCAUUUGUGAAAUGGUUGCUGGAUCAUGAUGCUCCCAUUUGUGAAUGGAUACAGCAUUGGUCGCCUCCCUGGACUGGCUAUAUUGCAGAUGCUUUCAUCCUGGCAAUUUUAGGUGAUGAAGGGCCACGCAACAGAUGCGCAUGUAAAGGUGAUGAAGAACUGGUACGUGAGCUUGAAGAACGGAUGCUGAUGGACGAUUCGGUUGAUAAUUGCAUUUGUCGAUGUUCUCUCCGAGGCUGCACGCCUUUUGUGGUGAGGCUGAAGCAUAUGAUACUGGUUGAUGGCGAGAUUGAUAUUGCUACAUCCUUUACUACAUAUCUAAAAGAGUACGGCAACACAUUGCGAAGGGAACAAUACUAUGCCGCGAUACGGUUUACUACCUUCAAUGCGCUGGGCAUUGCGCAUACAUGUAGGUGCAAGAAGGGGCUUUGGGGGCCGCAAAGAUUGGAUGCAGAGGAGAUUGCAGAAAUACAGGAUGAGUAUGCAGGGCUGUUGGAACUCUUGGAGUCAUUAAUAGAGGAGUUUGAAACACACGCCUCUGGGACUUUUGAUGCGGCUACGGAUGGACCUGACAGUAUGAUUACUUUCUGGAACGGCUAUUGGGUCCGGAGAAUGAGUGAAGUCCACUCUGAGCUUUCUCGAGCUGGUGAAGCGAGCAAAGCAGCUGCGGAAGAUGUGGGUGUUGUUUGGGGUCCUCAGCCUGAGAGAGAACCGUAUGAGGAUGAUGAAUGGAUAGGAUGGGACUAUUAUUUUCAAAAGAUCCAGGAGAUCGAAUGA